AUGAACAGCUACGUUCGUGCAGCAUCUCUGUUGCUUGUCUCCUACAUACUGUAUUCCCUUGUCAGAUCCUUUCUGAGCUCGAGAUACCAUGAACAUCGCGCGGAGGAACUCGGCUGCGAACCGGUCCCAGUCAGGCCAGCUAAACUGCCAGGAGGAAUUGACUUCAUAUGGCGCUUGAUCAAAGCCGACCGGAGAAAUCAAGUCCCAAAUGAGUUCGAGGCGAUUUUCGCCGAAAUGGGAGCUGUUGCCACCUGGAAGCAGUACAUCUUUGGAACUGCUGCAUAUAAUACGGUCGAUCCGAAGAACAUCCAGGCGCUUCUGGCCACGCAAUUUCUUGACUUCGAGAUUGGUCCUUUGAGACGAGGAAACUUUUUUCCGAUGCUUGGAAACGGCAUUUUUACGAGUGAUGGCAAGGCUUGGGAACACUCUCGCGCGUUGCUCCGCCCCCAAUUCUCUCGCGAUCAAGUCGGUGACCUUGAACUCGAAGAAAGGCACGUUCAAGAUAUGUUCAAGCAUCUCGCGAUUAACUCAGCGGGUUGGACGCCAGAUGUAAAUCUAAGUCCUCUGCUGUUCCGUCUCACAAUCGAUUCCGCGACCGAGUUUUUCUUCGGCCAAAGUGUGAAUUCACAGAUUGCUGCACUACCUGACGGAUUGGCGACGGAGAAGAACCCUGCAGCCAGAGCCGGCCAUGACUGGAGUUCUCUUGCCCGCUCGUUCGACAACGGCACUCAUGCGCUCGGUAUCAGAGGAAGGCUUCUUGAGCUGUAUUGGCUCUAUUCUCCCAAAUCGUUCUACGACGACUGCAAAGUUGUGCACAAAUUCGCCGACCACUAUGUUAAUCUUGCCCUGACCACGGGCCUGUCAUCGCCCAACGAGGGUACCUUGGAGAAGGGAGAGAAGAAGGAAAGAUAUAUCUUCCUACAAGAACUGGCCAAAGCCACCAGAGACCCUAUCGAAUUGCGGAGCCAAUUGCUGAACAUUCUCCUCGCUGGCCGAGAUACCACGGCCGGGCUGCUAGGCUGGACCUUCUGGCUCCUUGCCCGUCAUCCAGAAAAGUUCGAGAAGUUACGCUCCGUUGUUCUCGAUGCCUUCGGCUCAUACGACAGCCCGCAGAACAUCUCCUUUGCGACGUUGAAAGGUUGCGGCUAUCUCCAGCAUGUCAUGUCGGAGGUGCUCCGCCUGUUUCCAUCGGUCCCCAUCAACAGCCGCCGAGCCACGAAAGACACGUCGCUUCCACGUGGCGGCGGCCCUGAUGGCAUGGCACCUGUCUACAUUCCAAAAGGAACUGAGGUGAACUACUGCGUGCACGUGAUGCACCGUAGAAAGGAUAUCUGGGGCGAGGACGCCAACGAAUUCAAGCCGGAGCGAUGGGCGAAAAGGAAGUCUGGCUGGGAGUUUUUGCCAUUCAACGGUGGCCCCCGGAUCUGUCUCGGCCAGCAAUUCGCGUUGACGGAAGCGGGGUAUGUGAUUGUCCGCAUGCUGCAGCGGUUUGAUCGUAUCGAGAACCUGGAUACCAAGCCGGAACCUUUCCACCAGUACAGCGUUACAACUGCGCCGUUGGCUGUACCGCUGAGAUUUCACGAAGCGUCCCGCUAG